AUGUUGGAUGCAGGUGCCCCCGAAGCGAGCGGAAGGUCCAGCGCAGAGUUCCAAACUGUACAACUACAGGAGGACUUUCAACAUCCGUUUUCCAUUUGGCAGAGUGCGGAGCAUACAGGCGACAAGCUUUCUCGGAAACCCGUCGGCUACUUCAAGUCUGAUUUUUCCUUCUCAGGGCCUGAAGUGGUGAUCAGCAACGUCCAGGGCCAAGUCAUCGAGGGCUUUGGUGGCGCUUUCACCGAGUCCAGUGCAGCGGUUUACAAGAAACUCUCCAACGACCAGAGGGAUCAGUUUAUUGAAGAUUACUUCUCUGUUAAUGGUCUUGGUUACACGCUGGGCCGAACGCAUAUUAACAGCUGCGAUUUUUCAAUUUCCAGCUACUCCUUUGACGAUCAUGAUGGUGAUGUGGGCCUGACAAUGUUCGACACAUCCUUGGAACAUGAUAAAGAGGAGUUGCUUCCCCUCAUUUGGGCAGCACAAUACAUGAUCAGGGCGCAGGGUUCGGGACGCGAACUGAAGAUGUUGGCUUCGCCCUGGAGUCCGCCGGCGUGGAUGAAGGACCAGUCCUGGAACCCAGGAGCCCCAGUGAUGGACCAUUCUGGCAAGCCAUGUUUGAAGCAUGGCAUGGAGCAAGUUUGGGCCAACUACAUCGCCAAAUGGAUUCAGUCCUAUCGGGCGCAUGGAGUACCCAUUUGGGGCAUGACGGUGCAAAACGAGCCGUUGAACAACGCCUCGUGGGAAGCCUGCUUGAUGUCUUCAAAGGAAGAAGCGGACUUUGUGGCGAAUCAUUUGGGUCCAGUGAUCCGCGAGCUGGUUCCGGAUGUGCAGAUUUUCAUCUAUGACCACAACAAAGAUCAAGUGGCCAAUUAUGCCCUGGACGUCCUCGCAAAUUCAGUUGCUGGGCAGUACGUUGCUGGGGUCGCCUACCACUGGUACUCGGGCGAUGGCUGGGAUCAGCUGGAGCGAUUGCAGGCAGAGUUGAAGCGUACAGAUCUGAAGUUAUUAGCCAGUGAGGCAACCUGGGAGGCGUACCGCUGGAGGAAAGGGACCGUCCUAUCCCAAGGUGAUUGGGAUUUUGGACAAGGCUAUGCCCAUGACAUCAUUGGAGACCUCAAUCGUGGAGCAGUUGGAUGGCUGGACUGGAAUUUGAUUUUGGAUGAGAAGGGUGGCCCAAAUCACGUGAACAAUGUUUGUGAUGCAGCCAUUCAGGUGGACUUGUCAAAGAAGGAAGUCUACAAACACCCUCAGUACUACUAUAUUGGUCAUUUCUCCAAGUUCAUCCACCCUGGGUCUGUCCAUUUGGACAGUGAAGUACUUCGCAGCGGUGCCGUCAAAGUUGGUCCACGACCCUAUGGUACCUGCACCGGCGACGACGGAUUGGAAGCCACGGCUGCGAGGCAGCCGGAUGGUCAGGUGGUGCUCAACUGCAGCCCCAACGAUGUGGUGCCAAAGCUCAAAGAUGGCUUGGGACGUCUUAUGGGGGCCCUGCGAUGCCCUGUCUUCAAGUUGAAGUAUGCCGAUUUGGCCGCGCAGCUGAAGAUUCCAGCAAAUGGCAUCCAGACCUAUAUUUUCCAGGAGGUGACAGAUGUUUGA